AUGGCACCCGUUCCGUUCUAUGAUGCUAGCAUUGGCUGCUAUACCAAAGCUCUCCGGGUUCUACUUCGUAUCCUCCAGGUGGCCGAGAAACACCCGGAUGUGGCCAGCUUCUUGGAAGCCCGACUCUACCCCGAUAUGUUCCCACUCCUCGUGCAAGUGCGACUCACUACAAAGCACCCUGUCCGUCUGGCAGAGGCCCUGACCGGCAAGCAGCUCGUCCCGUGGAACGAGACUGGGUCCAGCUGGGGCGAACGGGAGACAUCGUGGCCGGAAUUGAUUGCGCGCGUGGAAAUGACUCUGGGGAUACUGGCACAGUUUGGGCCUGAAGAGGUCGAGAGAAGGGCCGACGAAAUAACACUGCCCAUGCAGGUAGGGCCUGAAGAGCUUGGAGCCGAUGCCUUUCAGCAAGUCCCCGCUGCAGAGUUCACGAUGGCGACUGGAGUGCCUGAAACACUGUUCCAUGUCUUCAUCGCCUACGCGAUUCUCCGCUCCAAUGGGAUCGAGAUCGGCAAAAAAGACGUUCUGAUACCCUUCCUGCCCGAUUACGUCUUGAAGAAUCAUCCCGGAGCCUAG